UGCUCUUACAUUUGAGUGAAAAAAAACAAAGAAGAAGACAAAUGUCUGCGCCCACGUGAAACGUGUUUAUCUGGUUUAUGAAAGAAUACAUGCCAGUUUUAGGCAAACACUAUUUACUGGUGACAUAUAUAUCAAAUUAACCAUGUCAAAGACCAAAAAAAGGAAGAAGGAUUUCCAGAAAGUGAAGCUGAAAGUUGGGAAGACUUUACCUCGUGGUCAGAAUGUAACCAACACAAGCUUCAAGACGCGCAGCAUUCAAGUGGUUCAAAAAAUCAAGGGAGUCAACUCAGAACCAAGCACACACAGAAAGCUUAACUUAAAGGAUCUGCUCUCUCAGUGCCAGCAUUACAACUCAAGUGUUCGCCACGAAGCAGUCUCGGGGUUAAAGGAGCUGGUAACUCUACACCCACACCUCAUUCCUUUACAUCUGUCGGCCAUCUUGGAAAAGACAUCACAGCUCUUUACAGACAAAGAUCUGGUAGUUCGACAAGCAGUUAUUAGAGUCCUGAAAGUUAUUUUUUCUUCCGUUUCGUCCAAUCAAAUUGCUCCAUUUUUCCCUCUGCUGAGUGCUCACCUGUGUUGCGCAAUGACACACAUCUACGAAGAUAUUCAGCGAGACUCGUUAAAUGUCUUCGACUUGCUGUUGGAAACGUAUCCAGACUUGGUGACAAAUAACUCCACACAGAUUUUGCCAAACUUCAUUGCACAAAUUUCAAGGGAUCACGGAACAGGACAAUCUAAGAGUCCUGGCAACAGGAAGGAUUUUGGUCGAUCCUUGGCCAUUACGCCCAAUAGCAGGAUGUCUGUACAUAGGUGGCGCUCUGGCGUCUUGGGCCGGCUUCAUAAACUGUUGACAGCCAUUUUGACCUCAAAAGUGCAAGAUACUGAAGAAGAUGAAAAGAAAAAUAGUGUAGUGAAAUGGCAGCCAUCUGUUGAGACCGUGCAGACUUUUCCAUCAUAUAUUACCAGUUCUUGGUUGACACCUGGUUUUAUGCUGAGUUCUGACAGAAACCUAGUCACAGUAAGCAGUUCUAGCUCUGUAUCGUCUGCCGAUGGUGAAUACGACGUGAAGAAGUUUGCGCACACACUGCUGCCUCUGUUGAUUGAGUGCUGGAUUGAGAGUCGCCCUGUGGAUGACAACAGCAAUGUCACAGGCAGCUUGGUUCCACUGAAUGUGUUGUCGAUGAUGUCUACCAUCACCAGUGUGAUACAGCUUCUGUGGGAGUCUCUUGUUGCCCAGCAACAUGUCUCUCAGGACGACAGUAUUACUGAUUUCCUGGCUUCGUACCUGAAAGAUUUUGAAAAACAUUUCAUGACGAGUUUUCCGUAUGCUGCUCAUGAGAGUCUGCAUCCUCCAAAGAAAGCCAAGAAAGACAAAAACAUUCCUCCGGUUUCUGUGGAAUCCCUGAAUUUAGCCGUGUGUGACAUUAUGACAUAUUUCAUUGACACACCUGCUGUUUCCAUGGAGAUGCCAUGGAUUGUACAAGUCUACGGUUAUGUCAUUUCCUGUUUGAAGGGGAGACAACUUGAUGCUAGUCAGAUCAAAGUGAUCAUCAGAGUUAUCAAGAAGCUGAUUGUGCUCUCUCGACCUGAAGGUGAUGAUGCAGAACUGUUAGAAGCAGCUCUACAAUACUACCUCAGCUCUCAUCCACUCUCAGCAGAAAGAAAGCUCUUCCUUCAUCUGUUUGCCGACCAAAUACUUGAACGUUCCAACUGUCAGGUUAGAUGUCGACAGAAUAUUACAGACCGAUUUUUGCAGUCUUUACCCGAGUUGCUGCUGCUGGUGUUGGCAGACAAUGUGGAAAUGUCUGUUGUUAUCACGUCUGUGAUGAAGAGAGCUGCCUGUCAGAAGUGCUCACCAUUGUUUGUCAGUCUGGAAGAAGUAUUAGUCACAUUAUUGGAUCCUGACAGUGGUGUUCUAGUGAAGUGCAAGUCGGAGGUGCAGACCAGACUGUUAGAAAUCUUGUACUGGUUUCCACUGCUCACUGCAGACUUGCUCAAACCAUUGUGUAGACUGUUGAUGGACGAAAACGUGGAAGCUGGUGUCAGUCUAUCUGUAGUGGAUAUCAUUCACCACAGGUACCUGAAGUUUGCUGAUCAGACUGACACUGUGGAGACCUCCGGUUACUUGUCAUUUAUUAUGACAAUGUUAACAGGCCUUGACAGUGAGAAGCUGGCAGCCAUGUGUGAUGAAGGUGAAGGUGAAGGUGACUCAGAAUCACUCAGUCUGUAUAGGAUUUGCUGGUCUGUGUCCAGACAAAGAUGGACCAAGCAUUUGUCAUUGGUUGAGCACAUAACAAGUCUUCUGAACCAGUUUUCUCACCAGCGAGAGAUGGCUGCCGUGGUGUCAUAUUUCUGGACAAGCUUAAUGAAACAGCAUAAAAUAGUGUCCAUUUUGACAGUGUAUGGAAUUUUGAUCACCGGCAGACAUCUUUUGUCACAUGAUCAGCCGAACGAAUGGGAGAACACUAUUACCAAUCUCUGCCUCUCAUUGGUCAAUGAGUUGACAAGAAAAGAAGGCCAGAAUGAUGCUGUGCAUGCUGAAGAUGCUGUUACCUUGUGGUCAAGCUGCUGUGGAUUCCUUGUAGCCGGUCCAGGAAUAUUUGACAUUUUUCUUCAAAAGGCUGUCAGUUUUCUGUUGACACUCAGUUCUGAAGAUGCUGUUUGCGUAUUGACGACUGCCAUGACAAACGUGUUACAGCAGGAAUUCAUACAGACCUACGAGAAAACAAGAGUGGCAACACAGUCGCUCGAACAGUUUAAGGAAACAGUUGAGUUAAAGGUUCCUAACUUGUUGCAAAAACAAUGGUGGAGUGAUUUUGUGUACCAGAUUUCACUGACCUAAACCUGAAAGAACGGGAGAGUUUUGCUGGUGCUAUUGUCACAUCUGCACAAGAUACAACAGAAAUUGUACAAUAAAAUUACUGUGAAAGAAA